GAGCUUGUAUCGGCGAGCUGAGCGAGAACCUUGAUCAUCUCUACGUGAAGAAUGCUUUGUCUACGGAAACCAAGCUUUUAUUCAGGGUCUUCCGUUUCCGAGGUCAAGCUUCUCCGCCAUCAUGAGAACCUGAUGAAGUGAUUGGUGCUUCGAGCCCAUAGCAGAAGUUCUUCGACUCUCUGGCGAGAAUCAGGAUGACCACGAUCACUGGCUAUCCGCGACGUGCCAUACCUCGAGCUAUGAAGUUUCACAAGCAUGAAUAGCCAUGGCUCGAGUAUCAUAGUUAUCCCCCCAGAGAGGUCCUCAUCGCCGCGUUGCACCACUCCUUGGGCACAUAUUGUCUGACUAGGCGUUUAAAGAUGAGGGCGAUUUUUGCCUUGAUCAUCCUUCAGACUGUUCGGCCUCCGCCAUGUACUCACCAAUACCUAUGACAUGUCUGCUGACCUCGGAUGGAAGAUAUCUAUCACUUUUCUUCGUUUCCUUUGGGGUAAAACCUCUAUUCAGUUGACUCCGUUUGGAUUGAACUCUAGACGAUUUCUGCAUCUAUCAACGUGAUUGUUAGCCUACGGAAGGUCCUGACGCUUUUACUUAAAUUGCGCGAUCCUUUUCUAUAUUCGGGAAUAAAGAUUAUUGAAUCGCGUCGACGUGCAGGUCUUUGGUCUAUCCUAGAUGCGGAUGCAUCACGACUCUUUUUACGCGAUGGCUUGGACGAGCCGUUGGAGAGAUCCCGGGAGAAGACAUACCACGGCACCUAUGUGACUCGUGUCCGAGCUCUAACUCCCAUUGAUUUCCACUCCUGUCGGCAAUUCGAUGUGGUUUCUCUCGGCUAUCUAUGGCAGUCUGCUUCGCUCAUUACACCUGCCUUGAUGCUUCUCUCCCGUCCAGCCUUUCCAAUCGCGAAUUAUCCCGCCUCAUCAUUCAAAAUUGGUGUAUUCGUUUUACGGAUCUCCCGCUUUUCACUUUCUGUUGGUUACGUCGAACAAGGGAACCUGUGGCUUACAAGAUCCGAAUAGUUAGAAGAGGAUGAUCUGACGCUUCCGUCGAUUCCGGGGCCACCUGGUUCCAAACCGAUCGCAUCUGACAUGCUCGUCGCGAUCUCUAUGUUCUGUCUGGCCUUCGAUCGCAGUCGAGUUCCCCCCAUGUUGCGUGUUUACUUGUCGAUAUCUUCAUCUGUUGCAAUGCUUCAAAUGAUAUUACGUCCACCGCUUGAAUGCUGCCUUCAUGGCUGAUGAUCGCUGUCCGUCCAACAUGGAUACCCCUGUUUUGCGGAUCUAUACGUUGACGUGGUCGCGGCCGGUACAUGUCGAGCUUUGCGGGUGAAUCAAUAUGCGGCCAACAUGACAUUUGACAGCUGUGUCUCCGUGAAGGCCUGCAUCGCAGCCCCGCGUUGACAGAAAUCAAACAUGGCGGGUAUGAUGGCAGCGUGGAGAGUGAGGCUAACGAAAAUCAUGGUAUGCAAAGGAGUGGAAUAGCUGUGAUCCUCAACAGUCACAGUGAACCAGGGACCCGCAGUUUAGAAGCUGAAAGCUCGUUGAGGCAAUACGCUUCCCGUGAUAGACGUAUGAGGCUUUUACUUGUCGAUCGAUGUUCAAUGCGCCGGGAAAAGGACUGAGUUUUGAAGCAAUGGGACCACGUCUAUCGGUAGGCCUCCAGCAGUGCAUUUGAGACUGUAACCAGGGCUAUGUGACACCUUUUCGUACUUCGGAGCUCUCGGGUCAGGUCAAUUGACCUAGUCUUCAUCGCAUAUCCGGGUAAUGCAGUGGUUGGCCUGGGUGUUCCCUAGGAAAGUCAGGCUCAGCCAAAUGCGUGCACGCACCGGCAAACCAGUUCAUGAUGGGCUCGAAGGGCGGGGGGUACCUAGAGUACUGUAAUGAUCUUCUGCUAACUUAGAGCUCUCUCCACGGUCUUUUUUGAUGCCUUGCAUGAAGAUACAGACCCUCUCCUGACCAUCGUUGGAACCCUUUCAUCGCCUCCCGCUUCUUACGUGGUUGUGUCGUUCUGCCGUUGCCUAAGCGAUACUCUCAAGACAGGACGCAGAACUCAUGAGAACGACCUGCUAUAUCUCUCGGACAUCGUUGAACUCUUUCGGAAGAGAGAUGGGUGUCGCGGAGUUGGAGGGCUUGCUUUGGUCACUGACAGCUUAUGGCUGCACAUCACCCGCGAUCUCCUUCGACACGAUUGCCGAUGUUAGCCAGCACGCAUGAUCAAAAGAUCAAGUAUCCUCGUCAGCUCUUUGUGCUCAGAGGUACUUUGCGAUCGGACAUGGUCCAUGAACAUCGGAUUCAAGGAAUUGCCCAUGCGUCUCGUGGUUAUAUAAUGCCGCUUCAUUGAAGUCUCUUCUCAUUCAUACCAAUUGGGCCAUGGCGGAGCUGGGCUUCACUCCGGAUGAAAUGAUAUCUCAAAUUUCACAGUACUAUCUUGAAGCAUAUAUUACCCUCGCAGCACUAGUGCUGGCUGCAUAUGACACUAUCUUGACAUUUUCUCAGGAAGUAUGCUGCAUCUGGCAGAGAAAGUUCACUGGUGUCACUUUGCUAUAUGUGGUUAUCAGAUAUGGCACUAUUCUGAAUAUAGUACUUCAAGGCAUUGGAGGUAUCUGGAGCUUUGAAAGUGUUUCACAUGCCAGCUUGGAAUUGUUGCCUUUAACUGCUUGCGCAUCUGGGCCAUUUGCAAAAGAAAUUGGACUUCAGUUCUGCCUGUGUUUUUUCUCAGCAUGUUUACACCAUGCAUUCAUAUAUAUUUCUUCUCUAGGCCACAGACAUGGUUUCUGUUUCAUUAUGCCUGUUGUAACUCGAGCCAUAUCUAUUGGAACAGAUCUGGCAAUACUUGGAUUUACUUUAUUGGAGACAGCCAAUGUCUUCAAAGCAAGUCAAUCUCUACAAGUUAAAACCAGCAUAACUAUACUGAUAGUUCAUAAUGGAGCACUCCAGUUUAUUGCUUUCUUGGUGCUGAACACAAUAUCUAUGACAUUGGAUACUCUUUCAGUUGCACUACUUUCUACAGUUGCUAGCAAUUCAUCUCAAGUUCUCACUAUCAAUAGCAGCAUUACUUCAAUUCUUCUUUCUCACUUUCUCCUAGACUUGCGCUCUAUCUAUCAGUCUGACAGCAAUAAUUCCAACUCUGAACCAGGCUCUACCAUUCACUUUGCCAACUCAAUUGUUGGUAAUAUGGGUGCAACACUUGAUGCACCUUGGACAACAGAAGAUGAUGAAGAUAGAAGAUUAGAAGAUCAGUCUGUGACAUACUCUCAUAAUCCAUUUGCUACUGGAUUACUUGAAGCUGUAACUUUGGCUGAAGAGAAUCCUGAGAGAAAUACUUGGAGAAACACAGAAACUGGGCUUUUAGAUUUGCAUAAUGUGCCUGUUGCUGCAUUAGUAGCUGCUGGUUAUAUUGAGCUGCAGGAUAUGGCCUAGAUACUGUACAGAUGUAUAUAUUCUUUUCUCUCUCUUUCAAACUCAAUUAGCUAUUUUGCACUGUCCUUCUGACUAUUUAUACUUUUUGCAUCAUAUCUCUAACUAUGUAUAUCAAUGUUAUGACCAGUGAAUAUGUUAUGGCACAAGCAACAAAUAUUGUCAUAUGCA